AUCAGUGGUGUGCACGCGGUAUUCACACAACGCGCAUAUAAGUUGCGUUUGCGGCGAAUCUGUACUCAAACCAUGGUCAUUUUUUGCUAAGGCGUCGCUGUUUGCGAGUUACGAGACGGAAAGAUAUUUACAUGUUCCUGAGUGGUUGAAAGGUAAACAAGAGUGCUGGAGCAGGUGAGCUGGAGACAGGAGCUGAAGAGCUGGAGUGAUUUCUUUUCCGAGCACAAGUGAGAAACUCUUGGGUUUCAACAGCACUGAGGAGCAGCCGUCAGGACAGGAGAGCAUGUGGCGAAAUGAAAAGUAUGAAUCUGUCCCGUUGGAUGUGAAGGGGAUUGAUGAAGACAAUUCUAAAGGCACAAGGGAUUCUUUAUAUCCCAAGACUACUCUCCUGAAAAGUCAGCAGGCAGAUGAGAAACCAAAGGACCCAAAGCUUUGGCCGUACUUCAAAGAUGGCCACAGACGGAUAGAUUAUGUGCUCACCUACCAUGUCCAGAAGCCCCAGAGCACCGGCAAACAGUCAUCCAAGUCCUGCCUGGGGGGUUGUUUGUGCUGCAAAAAACGAGGCCAGACAAACCCACCGGUUCCGGACCCUGAACUGGCAUCCCAGGAGCAGAGGCUGGAUUAUCAUGACGACGACCAGCGGCUACGCAGAGAGGAGUUUGAGGAGAACCUGCGUGAAAUGGGCCUUGAGAUGGAGAAAGAGGAAGGGAAUAAAAUUCCUGGUGUGGGGUUCUUGAAGAUUCAUGCACCUUGGGAAGUUCUUUGUCGAGAAGCAGAGUUUAUGAAACUAAAAAUGCCAACAAUAAAGAAAUAUGAAGUAAGCCAUGGAAACAGCAUUGUGGAGAAGGUCAACAGGUUUAUGCAGAAAUUCACAGCACCUUUGCAACCCAAAGUUGGAGACCGUCAGAUUGAACACGAGAAACACCUCUCGUACCCAUUCUCACGAGAAAAGCAGCAUCUCUUUGAUUUAUCAGACAGGAAUUCCUUCUUCGACAGCAAAACCAGGAGCUCAAUCGUGUAUGAGAUUUUAAAACGAACAAAAUGCACACGGGCAAAGUAUAUCAUGGGAAUCAUCAGUCUACUGGGCAACGGUAUCUACACUUCAGCCUACCCUUUGCAUGAUGGUGAUAUUGAUGACGUCCAUGCUGAAGUAAAUGACAGAAAGAUCUUAUAUGAAGAGUGGGCGAGUUACAGCAUAUUCUACAAGUAUCAACCCAUCGGACUUAUCAGGAAGUAUUUUGGUGAGAAAGUGGGCCUGUACUUUGCCUGGCUGGGUGUGUACACUCAGAUGCUCAUCCCAGCAGCCAUUGUGGGUGUGAUCGUCUUCCUGUACGGCUGCGCUACUGUGGACGACAACAUCCCCAGUAUGGAGAUCUGCGACGAGAGAAACAACAUCACCAUGUGCCCAAUGUGCGACCGGGCCUGCAGCUACUGGAAACUGGUUACGGCUUGCGGCACAGCCAGAGCCAGCCACCUGUUCGACAACGCGGCCACCGUCUUCUUCGCCAUAUUCAUGGCACUAUGGGCCGCCAUGUUUAUGGAGCACUGGAAGAGACGACAAGUGAGGCUCAACUACCUCUGGGACCUGACGGGCUUUGAGGACACAGAGGGGAAACAAAAGAGUCAUCCGAGAGCGGAGUAUGAGUUUCAUGUCAUGAAGAAGUCAUUGAGGAAGGAAAAAUCUCCAAAGACAGGGAAUGUGAAGCUGACAUGCACCGACAGAAUGCCAGCUUACAUGACCAUCAUCAUCACCAUGAUUUUUCUGAUCUGUGUGACCUUGGCCAUCGUGUUUGGUGUGGUGCUAUACAGGGUCUCUAUUAUGACUGCCCUUCAUAUGAGUUCCACUCCUACAUUCCGCUCUAAUAUACGGGCCACCGUUAAGACCACCGGCGCCAUCAUCAACCUCAUUAUCAUCAUCAUCAUGGAUGAAGUCUACGGAGCAGUUGCACGUUGGCUCACUAUUAUGGAGGUCCCAAAAACUGACAAGAGUUUUGAGGAGAGGCUGAUCUUCAAGACAUUCGUAUUGAAGUUUGCGAAUGCAUUUACUCCUAUUGUGUACCUGGCGUUCUUCAGAGGCAGACUCAUUGGACGUCCUGGCAAAUAUAUCUACGUUAUGGGAUCUUACCGAAUGGAAGAGUGCGCUCAUGCCGGCUGUCUGAUGGAACUGUGCAUUCAGCUGUGCAUCACUAUGCUUGGCAAACAGCUCAUCCAGAAUAACCUGUUUGAGAUUGGCGUUCCGAAAAUCAAGAAGCUGCUCCGACAACGCAAGAUUGACCCAAAGCACCAGGAAGAGCUGAACAAAACGCUUCAUCGCCAUGAGAAGGACCACUUCCUAGGGCCCUUUGUCGGACUCAACCCAGAGUACAUGGAAAUGAUCAUUCAGUUCGGGAUGGUGACCUUAUUCGUGGCCUCUUUUCCACUGGCUCCUCUCUUUGCUCUGCUCAACAACAUCAUUGAGAUCCGCCUUGAUGCCAAAAAGUUUGUCACGGAGCUGAGAAGGCCAAUCGCUGUAAGAGCAAAGGACAUCGGAAUCUGGUACACUCUUCUCAGAGGACUCAGCAAAGUGGCCGUCAUCGUCAAUGCGUUUGUGAUCUCGUUCACCUCUGACUUCAUCCCGCGGCUGGUCUAUCAGUAUAUGUACAGUCCAGACGGGACCCUUCAUGGCUUUGUCAAUCACACGCUCUCGUAUUUUAACGUCACUCACUUCCAGCCUGGCACAGAGCCCAUGGAGCCUAUGCACCUGGGAUACCGAGUGGACACGUGCAGAUAUAAAGAUUACAGGGAUCCUCCAUGGUCGGACACACCAUACGAGUUCUCAAGAGAAUUCUGGGCUAUUCUGGCAGCCCGCUUUGCUUUCGUAAUUCUCUUUCAGAAUGUGGUGAUGCUGAUGAGUGACUUCGUGGACUGGCUCAUCCCAGACAUCCCCAAAGACAUCAGCUUGAAAAUCCACAAGGAGAGGAACCUCAUCAUUGAGUUGUUUAUGAAGCGGGAACAGGGAAAGAAGUACAGGAACACCAUGAAUGACCCGAGCCCACAACCGCUCCGCUCGCGGCCCAGUUCACAAGCGUAAUUCCGCAGUCUGAGACCAGGCGCUGCAUUCACUCAGUCCGGCCACCCGCUCGGACAGACUCGGCCUUUAGGACCACCGCUGACAGGAGCAAAGAAUGUUACACGGUUGCCAAAUUAUUCGCAAACAAACAAACAAACAAAAAAAAACAUCACGACAAGAAAAAAACUUUUUGUUUUCUUUUAUCUGAAUGAAACUCUCUCUUUCUCUCUCUCUCUCUCUCUCUCUCUCUUGGAUCUUUUUCUAUCCGCUAUAUGCAACUCCUGCAGGUAGGUUUGUUUUGGAAAGAGGGCUUUUGUAUCAUUUUAUUUGUUGACUGACGAAUAUUGUAUGUUUGGUGAAGCGUCGCCGCUUUAACGUUUAUAGAUAGCUAACGAGCAUUUUAUUUGAAGAUACGAUGCUUUUAAAUGACUUUUAACACUGACAAUACAUGACAAUGUAACGUUUACGUUAUUAUUAGGAUAGGAUCUGGCAACCAACUCAUUUAAAGUGCUUUUUAAAAUAAUUUAUAUCAAACAUUUCAUUCAGAAUAUUUCUGGUCAAGUGAAAUAGCAAUGCGGUUUUCAUUUUUAGGUACUAAAGUAGGCUAGUUCUGUUAUUUGACUGUCUGUUUAGCAUUUAGCUGUCUAUUUAUAGCCUAUAGACAUACAACACUACAAAUAUAUCAAAGUAUCUACAACUGGGACUAUUUUAUUAUUAUUAUUAUUAUUAUUAUUAUUAUUAUUAUUAUUAUUAUUAUUAUUACAUGCGGUAGAGUGAUUUUGACGAGCGAUCUCUAGGAUUUUUUGCCAGCAUGCAAACGCUUGGUUUUUAGGUUGUGCUGAGGAAGAGUACGCUAUAUAUAUAUAUA